CCUCAUUGGGGCGUGACUGGCGGCCCUUGCACCAGUGCGUGGGUCCCCACUGGCCGCGGAAGAGAGUGUUCUGCUCGAUCACCGGCCGGUCACGGGUUGAAGUGGAGGAUCCUUGGCGCGGCUUUCCCGUCCCCUUCCCCGCGCAGCUCCACCGCGAACUGCGCCACGACGGCACCGCGAUGUGCCCACCACAGUCACGUGGGAACCCAGCUCCAGCCCGCAGGGCAGGGGCAGGACGCCGCCGCCCAUGGAGCGGGGCUGCGCGCCCGACCGCGUGAUGUAGGCUGGGCACCGCGUCGCCCCGAUGGCGGGCGGUGGCGGAGGAGGACGAGGGGAGGAGGAGGAAGUCUCAGGAAGCCUCACGAUCUCAUCAUCUGACCGUUCUAUCAGAAUCGGACGGCCAGAGUUGCCCUGCGGGCAUUACAUAUAGGAGAUAUAAGUUAUGAACCAAAAUCUGGAUUGCUGCCUUCAAGCCGCAGGCCCUAGGGCAGUGCUCUUGGUACCGAGUAACAGGCCGCUGCCGCCCCCCGCCAUACCCGGAAUUCGGGAUCGAUCGCGCGCCCCCGCCUCUCCCAGUAGCGCUAGGCCCGGAGCAAGAACGACUCCUCGCGUCUGUCCCUUUCGACCGCUCUCCGUUUUGGUUCGUGCCGCCGUCCGAUUCGAGUCUACAAUCUGGUCCUCUUCUCUUUUUUUUCAGGGAUUCGCGGCGAAGAUGGAGACUAUGGCUGACGACCAGUUGGCAAACCUCUUGGUCUCGAACUGCACCGUCCCUGGCAAGCAAGGGGUAAUGGCCAACUUGAUGGCGCAUCAGACCGGCCGUAGUGUUUCACGCCCGAGAAGAGAAGCCUUUCACCAGCAAUGUUGCGAUGUUGAUGCAACGGAGGAAGCCGAGGAGACAGGCAAAUCUUGGGAGGAUAUCCCCUACGACAUCGCGCAUCACGUUCUCCGCCGACUCGGUUCUCUCGCCGACAGUAUCCCUUUCGCCAACGUCUGCCGUAACUGGAGCGCGGCCGCGCGGAGCUGCCCCAUGUUCCCCCGUCUCACCCUCCCGGAUGGUGGCUUCUUCAGCGUCCCUGACAAUGCCGCCGAGCGCCUGUUCCUCGCCCCAGACACCGCUGCUGCGCGCUGCUGCGGCUCCUUUGGCGGCGGCUGGCUCGUCCUAGUUCGUGACUGCCGCUCUGUCCGGCGCGACCGCGCCCGUCGCGUCAGCCCUCGGCGUGGCUGCAGCAGCGUCACGUGCUGCUGUUUCAUGGUCAAUCUGUUCUCCAAGGCCACCGUGCCACUACCAGAGCUUGCUGCCAUGCACCACGAGAUCGAGGCGUCCGUCUUCAUUAACAAGAUCGUCGCAACCAAAGCCCCUGACGACGCCAGAUGCAUCUUUGCUGUGAUGAUCCAGGGCGAGGACCAAGAGAUCACCUUUUGCCGCCCGGGGAAGGGAUCCUGCCAGGCCGAGCUCGACGACAAUAUCCUUGACAUGGUCUUCUUCAAAGGCAAGCUUUACGCGCUUACCCAAGGAGAAGGCCUCUUCGUGCUCAGACUCGACGAGGACGGAGAAGGCAGGCCAGUGAUCUGCACCGUUGAGCAGAUGAUAGCAGACAGCCAGUACCCGUCAUUCCCCAUAUUGGACAUCUGGAGCUCUCCCACCAUCGAGGCGCGCUAUCUCCGACACUACCUCGUGGUGUCCCGUCGUCAGCUGCUCAUGGUGAGGCGGUGGCUCUACGACCCACAUGCCGGGUACUCCGAUGGCGGCGACCGGACUCUCAGCUUCGAGGUUCUCGCGCUCAACAGCGAGUCAUCGGAGUGGGUGGAGCUCAAGUGCUUGGACGGCGAGGCACUCCUAGUAAGCAAGCGUGGCUCCGUAUCGGUAGCGUCGUUGUCGUGCCACGGAGCACGAGCAGACUGCAUCUACUUCGUUUGCGACGCCAUGGCGACGGUGGAGGACCCUUUCCAUGACUCCGGCGUGUACAGCUUGAAGGAUGGCACGAUGACAGUAGGGCUGAAAACAGUGAUGAAAAUUCCCGAUCGACCCAGGCGCGGGCGGUGGUUUCCAACGUGGCUUUCUCACGUUGAGAAGCAAUAGAUUCCAUUCAUGCGAGUGGAUCUUUUAUCAGUAAAGAGUUCAGUAAGCAAGAAAGCGUUCCAUUGAUACUUGACAUGUGUCUAUCAAGUAUUAAUGCUACAUUUGUGGAACAGUCAUUCCAAGCAUUUCUCUCUGCUUUGCAAUUUUU